AUGCAGGUCUUGGCUGAUGUUUGGACAAAAGAAUCACUACUGUGGAAGUUAAAAAUGAUGGAGGCGGCUUCAUUAUAUGCCAACUCCCGCAUUCAUGCUGUCAAAGCUCAGACUCUAAUUCUUGCCAGUGGAAGGGACCAGUUGCUACCGAGUCUGGAGGAAGCUCAAAGACUCUCCAACCUACUGCCUACUUGCCAAAUGCGGAACUUCAACGACAGUGGUCACAACCUAUUUAUGGAAGAUGGUUUUAAUUUGGUCACUGUAAUCAAGGGUGCUGGAUUUUAUCGUCGAUCAAGCAAAAUUGACUAUGUAUCUGAUUAUAUCCCUCAAAACCUUUCUGGGAUAAAGAAAACAACUGAUGGUUACGGGCAAGUGAAUAUGGCUGCUGACCCUGUCAUGCUCUCAACUUUAGAGGAUGGGAAAAUUGUGCGAGGCCUCGCAGGGAUUCCUUCUGAAGGACCAGUUCUGUUUGUUGGUUAUCACAUGCUAAUGGGAUUUGAUUUAGCUCCACUUAUAUCCACUUUCCUGGAACAGAAAAAUAUUUUGGUCAGGGGAAUAGCGCAUCCAAUGUUUUUCCAGAAUGAACUCGAAAAACGUCAACUAGAUCCGUCGUUGUUUGACACACUGAAAAUCUUGGGUGCAGUUCCUGUAUCACCAACCUACUUUUAUAAACUUCUUGCGGAAAAAUCUCAUGUUCUGUUGUACCCAGGAGGUGUGCGCGAGGCGUUUCAUAGGAAGGGAGAGGAGAACAAGUUGUUCUGGCCAUCUCAGCCAGAGUUCGUCAGAGUGGCUUCUAGAUUUGGGACUAAAAUCGUUCCGUUUGGUGUUGUCGGCGCAGAUGAUCUCAUGGACAUUGUUCUUGACUAUGACGAUCUAAUGAAGAUCCCUUAUAUUAAGGAUGUAAUAAGUGAACUAAAUGAUGCAAUUAAGGUAUACGCGGAUACUGACGGAGAGGUUGCAAAACAAAAGAUCCACCUGCCAGGAGUAGUCCCAAAACUCCCAGGUCGUUUUUACUACCUGUUCGGGAAGCCAAUCGAAACACAAGGGAGGAUGAAUGAAUUAGGAGACAAAGAACUAUACAUGUACACGAAGUCUGAAGUUGAGAAUUCAAUAAACUAUUUGAAGGAGAAAAGAAAGACAGACCCAUACAGGAGUCUCUUGUCUAGGCUUUUGUAUCAAGCAACCCAUGAUCCCAACUCCGAAAUUCCCACAUUGGAACUUUGA